UUUUCGGGUACUGGGUCGGUUGUGUAUAAUGGGUCUUUAUAUUACGCAGAUUAUGACACUUCCUUGAAAAGGUACGACCUGUCCCGGGGGACUGUCGUCGCUCGCAAUCACAUCCGCCACUCCUCACUGUACCUGUACAACCGAGGAGGGCGCACGUACAUAGACCUCAACGUAGACGAAAAAGGGAUGUGGGCGGUGUAUACCACCGACAAAGACAACGGCUACCUCAUCAUCAGCAAACUAGACCCCGAGAACUUGUCAAUCCUCAAAACGUGGCGCACAAAUCGCCUGAAAACCACUGUCAGCAACGUUUUCUUUGUCUGCGGUGUCAUGUACACCAUGGAUUCUUACCAAUUCCGGCUGCCAGGGGAGAAGCAGUACGUGUUUGACACUGAAACAGGCAAGGAGUAUUACCAGAAGAUCGCAGUGCCUAGCAAAUACGGCGCCAUUUACCAGUUAAGUUACAAUCCCAGAGAAAGAAUGAUUUUUGCCUGGGACAACGGGCACCUGCUUACCUACCCACUGCAGUUUUUACCCGACUUCUCCUAAAUAGUUCCUUUUAAUGUUUUUUCAGGAUCAAACUCGGUAUGCUGUAAAACGAUAUGAAAUCGGACAAUCGAAAAGACAAUGAUAUAUUAAAUAUGAGUAAUAUAUAUACAUAAACACUAAGCCGAAAAUGCCUUUUGGGGUUGUUCCAAAUAUCACUUGCAGCAUAUAGAAGUUUCAUGACUGGUUACACAUGCUCCGAUUAUUCAGUGUUUUAAGAAGUGUA